GGAAAUCUCGGCCCGGCGGGGCGGAGCUCUGCAUAGCAAUGUGCACCCAGGCGGACAUUUAAAGGCGCCCGGGCCGCCCGGGUGCUCAGUCCUCCCCGCGCGCCGCUCCUCCCCCGCCAUGCACGCCCUGGCGCGGGCUCCACUCCUGCUCCUGCUGGCCUGCCUUCUGGUGGGCCUGGCGACCCCGGCGCGCAUCAUCAGCCGGAAGCAACCUUCCUGGCUUGGCAGCUUCUCCUGGGAUAACUGUGAUGAGGGGAAGGACCCUGCGGUGGUCAAAAGCCUGACACUGGAGCCUGACCCAAUCGUCAUCCCCGGGAAUGUGACUGUCAGCGCCGAGGGCAAGACAAGUGUCCCCCUCACUUCUCCUCAGAAGGUGGAGCUAACGGUGGAGCGGGAAGUGGCUGGCUUUUGGGUCAAGAUCCCUUGCGUGGAGCAGCUUGGCAGCUGCACCUACGAAGACAUCUGUGAACUGCUCUACACCUACAUUCCCCCCGGGGAGCCCUGCCCAGAGCCCCUGCAUACCUAUGGGCUUCCUUGCCACUGUCCCUUCAAGGAAGGCACCUACUCAUUGCCCACGAGUAACUUCACAGUGCCUGACCUGGACCUGCCAAGCUGGCUGAGCACCGGGAACUACCGCAUCCAGAGCACCCUGAGCAGUGGCGGGAAGCGCCUGGCCUGUGUCAAAGUCGCUGCGUCUCUCAAGGGCAGAUGACGUGGCGUGGCAGGAUGAAGGGCACUGGGCAGGCGCUCUUAUCCGUGUGCCCCAAGGCCUGUUCUGCCUCACUUCAUGCUCCUUUCUCCCACCAUUCCAUUCUGCUCCCCUUUUUGCACAUGACCUUGAACCGCUGCUGUCCAAGGCUGGAGCAAGUCCCCCUGACCUAAGAGGAUGGUGUGGUUGGCCCCCAGGGCCUGGGACAUCUACAGGGCUGCAAGCCAUUUUCCUCCCUGCACCAUGACUUUCUAAGACCCCCUUUCAUGCCCAAGCCAGUCAAAGGAUGGGAACCAACAUGCCUGGGCGUCUCCGGUUCAGACUGACUGAACCUUGGCCUCCUGAAGUAGUUUUUCUUUUCCUUCCUUUUGCUUCUCUUUGGUCACUAAUUUAAAAGUAGAGGAACAGCGUUGACUCUUUUCAUUCUGCUCCAACCAGCUCUUCCAGCAAAGGGGCCUGAGUAGUUGUCAGUGUUCUUCUAUUAACUUCCAUACUGCUCACCAGCACCAGGGCUCACUGUCCUGGGCACAUGGUGAGCUCCCUUCGGGAGUUAUUUUAGGAAUGCUGUGGGUGUUUGGGCCUUUUUUAUACACUCUGGGCCUGUGGUGCCAGACUGGGGAUGUGAGGAGCGACAAGGACCAUGGAAGAGGUUGCUUCCAGGCCUGACCUCCACGUCCCUCUCUGAUAAAGAUAACACAUGCCAGGAGUGGGAAAAAUAAUAACAGGGGCUGGAGAGAUGGCUUAACAGUAAUGUGCUUGCCUGCAAAGCCUAAGAACCCAAGUUCGAUUUGAUUCCUCAGUACCCGUAUAAGCCAUGACACAUGUAUCUGGAAUCUGUUUGCAAUCGCUGGAGGUCCUUGGUGUACCCAUUGUCUCUGCCUCUCUCCUCUCUCUGCUUGCAAAUAAAUGAAAACAAUUUUUUAAAAUAAUAAAAACAUUAAUAAUAACUGUUGCUGCCAGGCAGCUGGGGUCUAGGCUCUGGUUGUCACCCAGGAUGGCACAUCCCGUGUUCAGGGCAGGUGCUAUCCAGAUAUGGCCAGUUCUGCCAUGUGACAGUGUUGCCAGAUCCUCUCAGCUUUUUUUUUCCCUAGAGAGGCCAAAAUUCCAAGGUUUUAUAAGAAAUCUUACAAUUUUUAAAUAUUGGUAGCUAAUUAUUUUUUAUACACUGUGAAGCCAAAGGAGCCACAUGCAUAUGUCUGGGAACAUCAAGUUCAUGGUGGCCAGUUUUCAGUUUGUGACCCGAGACCCUGCCUACCCAUCCUUUCAGUGUCAAGACCCCCUCUGGCAUCAUUUCUCAGAGCUGGGUGCUGUGCCAGCUUAAGAGCUCAUCACCAGCAGGGUUCAGGGACCCAGUUGCUUUGUGGAGCGGGGUCCUGGGAGGAGAGAUGAGUUGUGUGGGCCGGUCUCGCUGUAACCAUUCUGAAGCCUCAUGUAGAAUAAAUCUUUUGACCUUGCUGA